AGUCCCCCAUCGCCUCCCCUUGCCCUAAAUACCCCUUUCCAUCCAGGGGGCAGCAUUCCUCUCCUCUCCUCUCCUCUCCUCUACAGUGAGAGACCGCCAUUAAAGCAGCGAGAAAUCUCAAUGGUGGGACAAGGAAUAUAGCGAAAACCCGCCUUCUCCAAACCUCAAAAAGGAGAGGAGGAGACCAUCCUCGCCCACCACUAGAACCCACAGGGAAAGGAAGGGAAGAAAGGGGAAGAUAAAGAAAUGAGUCUGCUGUGUGGAGAAGACUGUAACAGUUUUGUGGAUGAAGGGGAGGGGGAGGUUCUGACCCCAGUGGGCAUCUCCACGGAGAGCAUGGCCCCUGUGGUAACGAUGGCAGAUGAGAGUCUGAUAGCUUUUCUAAUGGAGAAGGAAUGCCAGUUCUCUCCCAGGGAGGACUAUCUGGCCAGGCUCCACUCUGGAGGUCUUAAUGUCUCUGCGAGAAAUGACUCGGUUGAAUGGAUCUGCAAGGUUGUUGCUCACUAUCAUUUUGCACCACUGACUGCGUGCCUGUCAGUGAAUUAUUUAGACAGAUUUCUUUCGGAGUAUGCAUUGCCUGAAGGGAAGUCAUGGAUGGUUCAAUUGCUAUCUGUUGCUUGCUUAUCUGUAGCUGCAAAAAUGGAGGAAACGGAUGUGCCUUUGCCAUUGGAUUUGCAGGUGGGUGAAUCUAAAUUCGUCUUUGAGCCUCGAACCAUCCAGAGAAUGGAGUUACUCCUACUCAACACUCUGAAAUGGAAAAUGAAUGCAGUGACUCCCCUGUCCUUCAUCGAUUUCUUCCUCUACAGGAUUACACAUGCAAACCCACCUGCUCUCUCUCUUGUUUCUAAGACGGUAGAGCUGAUUCUCACUGCAACCAAAGGUAUUGAGUUUCUGGAAUUCUUGCCUUCGGAAAUUGCAUUGGCAGCGAGUAUAUCGGCGACUAGCGAACUGCUGAAGGUGGAUUUCAUGGAAGCCGUGGACUUAUGCUCCUCAGAGAUUAACAAGGACAGAGUAUUGAAGUGCUAUGAAUUGAUUCAAGAGGUGCUGUUGGUGAAGCAGUGGUGGAAUGUCAAGAAUGUUGGUUCUGGGUCCUCUGUUCCAGGGAGCCCUGCUGGUGUGCUGGAGGCAGCCGCCUGCCUGAGCUAUGAGAGCUCCAAGAAGGCACCACCACCAUCGUCAUUUGGGGAGUCUCCCAAUGUGGAAGAGAGUCAAGAAGCAGGGGCCACAGCCACAGGGCUCAUCUCCUGUGGGAACAAUUAUCCGUCUAAGAGAAGAAAAAUUCAGGGAGUUGCAGGAUGAGGGCAGGCCUGAAGUGUCUCUGAGCCUGUGGGUUGGAUGAUAAUUUUGGUGAAGCUGGGUCCAACCCCACACUAAAGACUGAACUUGCAAAGAUGAAAAUGGAAAAAAAAAAAAAUUUAUAGCUUGUUUUGUCCCUCAUGCCGAUGCUAUCAAAGUAUGAAACUCUGAGGCCUGCUGUUUAGUUUCCACCCUGCAUGAGGAGAAAAGAGAGGAGUCUGAUUGGCUUUCCCAAGAACAUUACGGAUGUCUUGAGACCUAUUUUCCAGGUGGGUUUUAUGGAGGCAGCUGUGAGGAAGUUGGAGAGAGAGAGAGAGAGAGAGAGAGAGAGAAAGAGGCCUGAAGUUUAUAUAAAUAUUAUUCAAAGGUGUUUAUUAUUAUCAGGUAAUAUUGUUUAUGUAUUGUUAUGAACAUUAAGGUGGACAUAUGACAUAUCUGCUCGUUCAAUUGAUUGUACAAAAGGAUUUUGGGCAA